AUGUGUGCGAGCUGUGAUUUUGAAUUUGGUGUUGGAGGCGUGGGUAAUGAAUGUGUGCGAGCCGGUUGGGGUUUGGAGGUUGGUGUUGGAUGCGUGGGUAAUGAAUGUGUGCGAGCCAGUUGGGGUUUGGAGGUUGGUGUUGGAGGCGUGGGUAAUGAAUGUGUGCGAGCCAGUUGGGGUUUGGAGGUUGGUGUUGGAUGCGUGGGUAAUGAAUGUGUGCGAGCCAGUUGGGGUUUGGAGGUUGGUGUUGGAUGCGUGGGUAAUGAAUGUGUGCGAGCCAGUUGGGGUUUGGAGGUUGGUGUUGGAUGCGUGGGUAAUGAAUGUGUGCGAGCCAGUUGGGGUUUGGAGGUUGGUGUUGGAGGCGUGGGUAAUGAAUGUGUGCGAGCCAGUUGGGGUUUGGAGGUUGGUGUUGGAGGCGUGGGUAAUGAAUGUGUGCGAGCCAGUUGGGGUUUGGAGGUUGGUGUUGGAUGCGUGGGUAAUGAAUGUGUGCGAGCCAGUUGGGGUUUGGAGGUUGGUGUUGGAUGCGUGGGUAAUGAAUGUGUGCGAGCCAGUUGGGGUUUGGAGGCGUGGGGAAUGAAUGAAUGA